CCUGUCCUGUCCUGCCCUGUCGUGCCCGCGGAAUUGGAUUCUACUGGUUCUACUGGAUCACGGAGAUCGUGGGUGAUGCUGUACAUAUCAUUGGAGACGAGCUUCUCACCUCGAUCCAUGUGUUCAUUCACUGAUGUCCGGCUUGUGACUUUGUGCUCUUACUCAGCAAAGUGCCCGAGGCUUGCAGCGGUGACCGAAGUCAGAAGGAGCUGACUUCUGAAUGUACCAGGCAGGAUGAAAGACCGACUAAAUGAGCUGCGUGAAUUUGCCAGGUUACACAACCAACAGUUUUCUGAUAGUGAGGAGGAUGAAAAUUCACCCCAUGAUGUUCUCCUUUAUGAGACUGAUUAUGCCUUGGAAAUUCUUCAUAAAGACAUACAGAACAUUCGGACAGAAAAUGACCACCUAAAAGAGGAUGUCAAGCGGCUCAGAAAGCAAAACAGCCGCUUCCUUACUUCCAUGCGCCGUCUUAGUAGCAUCAAACGAGAUACUAAUUGUAUUGCCAGAGACAUCAAGGCCCGCGGAGAAAGCAUCCACAGGAAACUCCAGAUAAUGAGAGAUUUCAGCGAAGAUGCAAUAACAAAAUACGGGGCUAUGUCUGUCAUUGCCAGGGUGGCGAAGAACCACUAUGUUGACCUCAUGCAUGCAUUUCAGGAAGCUAUGUUUGAAUACAAUGCAACAGAGAUGAACCAGCGGGAGAACUGCAAGAUUCGAAUUCAGCGGCAGCUAGAGAUCAUGGGCAAAGAUGUUUCUAGCAAUCAGAUUGAGGAGAUGAUUGAGCAAGGCAAGUGGGAUGUCUUCUCUGAGAAUCUCUUGUCGGAUGUUAAGGGGGCUCGCUCAGCCUUGAAUGAGAUAGAGACACGUCAUAAGGAGCUGGUGAAGUUAGAAGGACGCAUUAAGGAAGUUCACGAGCUCUUUCUGCAGGUGGCCCUGCUAGUGGAGGAACAGGCGGACACCUUCGAUGUCAUUGAGAUAAAUAUGCAAAAUGUUGAGGACUAUGUAGGAGAAGCUAAAGAGCAAGUGAAAAAAGCUUUGGAAUACAGAAGAAAACACCCCUUCAGAACAAUCCUCUGCUGCUGCUUAUCCUGUUGCAGAAGGUGACUAUCCCACUGAAGCUAUCACCGACCAACUCAAAUGUCUUCAAAAUCAGGCAUUCUUUCCAGUGACUUCUCUGUAAUGAAAACCCCUAUAAACG